GUGGAAUGGAGAAAAUAAAACAGCACACCUUUGCAUUAGCUCACUACACCUAUACUGUGCUGUCUACCUUAAAAUAUGCCAACGGGGCUCCUGUAGUACGUAUUUACAGCGAUACAGAUUUCAGCAAUCCUGAUGUCCAGGGUCCAAUCAUUAAUUUUAACGUGCUCGAUGAAAAUGGAGAGGUGAUCGGCUUUUCACAGGUGGACAAGAUGGCCAGUCUCUACAACAUACAUGUCCGCACAGGUUGCUUCUGUAAUACAGGAGCCUGUCAGAUGCAUUUGGGUAUAAGCAAUGAGGACAUCCAAAGGAACCUGCAGGCUGGCCAUGUCUGUGGAGAUGAUAUAGACCUAGUUGAUGGACGUCCCACUGGUUCUGUGAGAAUAUCCUUUGGCUACAUGUCUUCUUUUGAAGAUGCACAGACUUUUUUGAAAUUCAUCGUAGCCACCAGACUCUCCAAGUCAGACACUGAGAUUCCCUUCCAGUUCUCUAUUACAAAGCUGACAACAGAGUCUGUCCCAGAUGACCACCCUUCCUUUAACAAUGCAGAUGAAUUGUCUCCAAUACCACACAUCUCAGACCGAGAACUCGGGAAUAAUUCGUCUGCGACAAAGAUGACUGUCAACUGGCAGCCACCGGAGGCUGAGGUGGAAAGCAUAAGGGCGGCUGUUUCUGAGACUGCAGUACCAACAUGUAGAAGAGGUGGCAAGCCCAUCACUGUCACCAACAUUUACCUCUACCCAAUCAAAUCCUGCUCUGCAUUUGAGGUUACAGAAUGGCCAGUGGGAAACCAGGGUUUGCUGUAUGACCGUAACUGGAUGGUUGUAAACCAGAAUGGAGUCUGUAUGACUCAGAAGCAGGAGCCAAGGUUGUGUCUUGUAAAUCCCUCCAUUGAUCUGAAGAAAAAGGUUAUGGUCAUCCAGGCAGAAGGCAUGGACCCAAUAUCUGUAUCACUAGAAGAAAAUACUGGAAAAGAGGCUGUGAUCUGUGAGAGUAAAGUCUGUUCACACAGGGUAAAAACAUAUGACUGUGGAGAAAGAAUUGCUGACUGGUUCUCUUUGCUUCUUGGUCGUCCAUGUCGCUUGAUAAGACAAAGUUCAGACAUGAAAAACAGGUCGCAUCAGAAAAAUACAAAAGGUCUGGCAUCUGCUACAAACAUCUCACUCUCUCUUGUGAAUGAAGCACAAUACCUCCUGAUAAAUGUAGCAAGCAUUCUGAAGCUGAAAGAACGUAUUUCUGCAAGAUUGGAAGAGCCAUUGGAAAUAGAGGAAUUAAUCCGACGUUUCCGUGCCAACAUUGUCAUCAGUGCACCAGAGUCCUUUGAAGAAGAAGAGUGGGCUGAGAUUUCAAUAGGUGCUCUGCGAUUCCAGGUUGUGGGUCCGUGCAGCAGAUGUCAAAUAAUCUGCAUUGAUCAACAGUCUGGGGAACGAAACAAAGAAUUUUUGCAGUCUCUGUCUGCUGCCAGAGGUAGAAAGACAAACUUUGGCAUAUACCUGAUGAACCAGCCCUUGUGCUCAUCCUUUCCAGAUAUUUUAUCAGUUGGGUCUCAAGUACUUCCAGUGCUGGAGGAGAAUACAGAAAUUCAGCCCCCGACAUCCAGUGAAGAAAAAUGUUCAGGAUAG